GAUCUGGGUUAACAGUAUUGGUGGAGAUAUUUUAAAAUUGACGAACAAUUUUAUAUACCAGAAUCGAAGAGUCUGUCGCAUGCAUUUUGAAGAGAAGUACCAUUGUAGGUUUAAUAGACUCAGCAACAUAGCUGUGCCAACCAUGAACAUGCCUUGCCUCAACGCAAAUACAACAGUGGAAACACCAUUGCUUCAUGAACAGCAUCUGCUGAAUGUUCCAUCUGUCUCAACAGCACAAAAUUAUAAGCAGCCAAUAUCAUAUUCAUUUUCAUCAGGGGCAACCAAGGGAUCUGAACUUGCCCACCAAGUCAAAGAAAAUAUAAAAAAUUUGAAAGAAGCUGGAUUUAAGGUGGUUGCUACUGUUUGUGAUCAAGGCACAAAUAAUCGCCAAGCCAUCAAAUAUCUGAUAGACGAGACAACAGGUGAUUACUUGAGAAGAGGUGGAUGCCCAAAAGAUAAUAUUUUUGUUGUUGAUGGAAAUGAGAUAGUCCCAUUGUACGACCCCCCACAUCUUUUAAAGGGGAUAAGGAAUAAUCUCCUAACAAAAAAUCUUGUUUAUGAAAUGGACGGACAACAAAAAAUAGCCAAAUGGCAGCAUUUGCAGCAGCUACAUGGGGAAAUCCUGGCUACAAAGGUGUGAGGCUUGUACCAAAAUUGACAAACAACCACAUUGUUCCCCAAAAAAUUGGAAAAAUGAAAGUCAAAUAUGCAAGUCAAGUAUUCAGUGCAACUGUUGCAUCGAACAUAUACAUAUCGAGGAUACCUUGCAGGUACUUAUUUAAUAAUAUCUGUUAUAUAUUACUUAAAUCAAUAAGGAUGCCUUUUGUUUUAUAAAUAAACAUCAGUUGUAUUGAAGAUCUCAUAACUGACCUUACAAUAAUAACUAUCGUCUUUUUUUUUCAGACAAGAAAAUACUCCCUGAAGAAUGCAAGGAGAC